AUGGCACUUGUAGGUACACCCGGGGAUCGAUUAGAUCUUCUAAAUAGGGUGUUAAGUCCUCCACCCAAGCCUUACAUUGAAGAAGCACCCAGGCUUGAGUUAAAAGCAUUGCCAGCCUACCUCAGGUAUGCAUUUUUGGGUGAAGAUAAAACUUUACCGGUUAUUUUAUCUCUAACAUUAUCUGAUGGACAAGUGGAAGCAGGAUUAAUCAUCCUAAAAAAGAGGAAAGCAUCUUUGGGGUGGCAAAUGUCUGACAUCCAUGAUAUUAGUCCCGCGCUGUGCAUGUAUAAAAUAUACAUGGUGGAAAGGCAUAAUUCGAGUGCACAUCAUCAGUGGAGACUAAACCCAUUGAUGAAGGAUAUGGUGAGAAAAGAGGUAAUUAAAUGGCUGGAUGCAGGGAUUGUGUACCCAAUAUCAUACGGCAAAUGGAUUAUCAUUGCACCAGAAGAUCAGGAGAAGGCUACAUUCACUUGCCCAUAUGACACGUAUGUGUUCAAGCGCAUGCCAUUCGGCUUGUGCAAUGCCCCAGCCACAUUUCAGAGAUGUAUGAUAGUAAUCUUCCAUGAUAUGGUGGAGGAUUUUGUUGAAGUGUUGAUGGAUGAUUUCUCGGUGAUUGGUGAGUCUUUUGAACUUUGCUUGACUAAUUUUGACAGAGUUCUUGCCAGUGGGCUGGAAGUUGACAAGGCUAAAGUGGAAGUUAUUGAGAAGCUGCCACCUCCCAUCACAGUAAAGGGAGUUAGAAGCUUCCUGGGACAUGCUGGUUUCUACAAGAGGUUCAUCAAGGACUUCUCUAAGACUGCAAGACCUAUGUGCAGCCGGUUAGAGAAAGAGAUGAAGUUUAUGUUUGAUGAAAAGUGUUUGCAGGAAUUUGAACAGUUGAUUGAAGCUCAUAUUCUGAUUGCUCCAAAUUGGGAGCUUCCAUUUGAGCUUAUGUGUGAUGCCAGUGACAUAGCAGUUGAGGCAGUACGUGGGCAGAGAAAAGAGAAGAUGUUCCAUUCCAUCUACUAUGCGAGCAAGACACUUGAUGCAGCUCAAUCGAAUUACACUGUGACUGAAAAAGAGAUGUUGGCAUUAGUCUUCGCAUUUGAUAACUUUAGAUCAUACUUGAUAAGGGACACGAAAGAAACUGAGAACCGGAUAGCUGAUCAUCUGUCCAGACUGGAGGAUUCAACUCAUGUGAAGAAUGAGGGGCAAAUUCGUGAAGAGUUUCCUGAUGAGCAAUUGCUUGCUUUGGACACUGCUCAAGUGCCUUGGUAUGCUGAUAUUGUGAAUUUUCUGAGGAUGGGCACCAUUUCAGGGAGGUAUGAGAUGUCAUUUAGCAAUAUACUGGAGGUUGAGAUCUUUUAUGCUUGGAGGAUAGACUUUAUAGGACCAUUCCCAUUGUCCCGUGGUAAUCAAUACAUCUUAGUCGCAGUAGACUACAUGUCUAAGUGGGUGGAGGCAGUUGCACUACCAUCCACUGAUGCAAAAAUGGUUGUGAAGUUCAUCCGAAAACACAUCUUCAUCAGGUUCGAAACUCCAAAGGCUAUGAUCAAUGAUGGAGGUACGCACUUUAUUAAUAAUUCAGUGCAUAAUUUGUUAGCCAAAUAUGGAGUGAGACACAAAGUGGCUACAUCAUAUCAUCCCCAAACUAGUGGGCAUGUGGAAGUGUCGAAUAGGGAGGUCAAACAGAUCCUCCAAAAGACUGUGAAUGCCCAAAGAAAAGAUUGGGCUGGCAAGCUAGAUGAUGCCUUGUGGGCGUACUAG